AUGUCUGCGACAGAGGAAGAUAUUGCUUGGUUUCGCUCUACAUUCCAUCCCAUCCCGAGGCCUGCCUUGCCAGACGACUGCAUCGAGUACUCCCUGUACAUAGCCUCGCCUGCACUCGACCCAAGCCAUGACUCCGAAUUGCGACUGCGAUUGCGGGAGGUACAGAAGUAUGCCACUGAACUCCAUCGGCAGUAUUUGAAAGACUAUAUCUGGCAGCGCCAAGGGUUCUCCCUGGAGCUGAACAAAGAGGAUGGAUUGAGUUUCUUGCGCGGACAAACCGAAUACGGCGACUCUGUGGAAGACGAAUGGGUCAUAGUUUGGCUUCUAAGGGAGCUGACGAGAAAGUUCAACGAUCUCUGGGUCAAAGUCACCGAUAGCGACGGCGAGUUCCUCCUCAUCGAAGCCUCCGGCACUUUGCCAUCUUGGCUUGAGCCAGAUGUGGCCGAGAACCGUGUCUGGAUCCAUGAUGGACAGCUGAAGAUCAUCAAGCCGGCAAGCGCCUCGAGAAGUUCAAAGCGAACUGAGGAGAAAUUGUCGCUCUCGCAAGCCAGGCAAGUCAUCUUGAAUGAGCCAAAGAGGCUGAUGCACUCAAUAAGCAUGGAGGAAGAAGCAUUUUUUCGGCUGCGCAAUUAUCCCGCUCAAAUUUCAGCGAACAUGCAUCAUGCGUUGAUAACGAUACCUCGGAAACUCGCAUAUUUGCUUCACCAGAAGCCAGCCUAUAUUGCCCCUGCAGUGGAAGCCUUCUACCUCAGAGAUCCCAUCGCGCUCAAACCGCUACAAAACAAAGACAACAAAGCUAGACUGGUCUUCGUCCCUGAAGAUUUCGUCACAGUGAGCGUCAAAUUUCCUCGCGUGGCAUAUGCGCAGGUAAAGUCACAGGAAUUCCCGGCGCCUGCGGUCUUUGCGGACGCAAUGCCAUCAGGAACGGAUCCAAAGGCACAAGUUCGUGCUGAGACCGGGAUGAAAGUCACUUGUGGAUUCGAAAUGCUAAUCUCGGAUCCUCAAUAUCAGGAUCGACCAGCUGUGCGUGAAAUGAAGAUGCUCCUGGACGAUCUAGAUUCUGGGGAUGAGGUACUACCAUCGGACACUGAAAUAGAAACAUGGAGCCAACAAGAGGAUGAUGAGAAGUGGCUCGAUAUCAGUUUCGACGAUCUCGAGAAUGAACUCGGUGCGCGCAAAGGUCAAACCGAAGGUAAAGGAAAGAAGACCGGCUUUGGCGACAAGGCGGCACAGGAGAAUCUACAAAGGAUAGUGAAACAAUUUGAGGAGUUUUUGAACGACGACAAAGCUGGACCAGACGGCGCGGGAUUGUUUGGUGAAGACAGUGACGAUGAUUUCGAUGAUGACGAGCUCGACGACGAUGAAGAAUUUGAGGACGACGAAGGUGAGGAUAAAGAGGCUAGCUUUGGUGAAGACGAGUUUAGCAAGAUGAUGCAGGAGAUGAUGGGUAUGCCACCAGAGGUGAUGAGGGAGAUCAUGAUGGAGGAACUUGGCCCGGGCGCCGGUGGCCCGGGCGCCGGGGACCCGGCUCAUCGAUCCGCGCUGAGACCGCCCGCAACAAAGACAGGCACAGUUCGAGGUCUGGACGUGACGGAUGAUGAUGAUGAAGAGGAAAGUGGCGCAGACCUGCAGACCUUCAUGAAACAGAUGGAGGCAGAACUCCGAGGGCAUGGCGCCCUGGAUCUCGGAUCGUCCUCAUCCGGCACCAAGCAAAGAGCGAUCCAAGGUUUUACGGCAAAGACCGGGAAGCUGCAGCAUGAUGAUGAUGGCGAAGACGAAGUUUACGAACUGUCCUCGGAGGACGACGAUAUCGACAACGAAAUCGACGUCAACUUGGCGAGGAAUCUCUUGGAGAGCCUCAAGGCGCAGGCUGGCAAAGCGGGGCCCGGUGGCAAUCUCAUGGGUAUGAUGGGACUGCGGAUGCCGAAGGAUGAGCCAGGAGAGGAUGACGAUGAGGAUGAUGAUAAUGAACAAGCCGGACCCAGCGGAACACAGGGCAUGACGGGCGGGACGCCGAGGAUUGAAGAGCUGGAGUAG